UUUGGCGCGUGGGGAUAGGUAUGUGGGUGUUGGGGCUGGCAAAGAACUCUAUAAAUCCAAAUCCAAGCCCAAAAAUCUGGACACACCAAAGCUUUAAUGAGAAAAACACAGCUCUCAAGUCUCAACAACACCGUCACCAUAAUCAACACCCAACUCCCUUAUUACUUUCUCUCUAGAACUUUCUUUCCUUUCUUAUUUUCCUGCAAAAUAAACUUUUACCCAAAAACCCCCCUUCAAAACAAUUCACCUAGAUUUUCAUUCAUAGAUCUCUCUGGAUUCGGUGCAAGUCGACGAGAAGAAGAGUAAAUUUUGUGAGAAAAGAAAAUUGGGUAGAAGAAAAGAAGAAAAAGAAAAGUGAAUCGUAUGAGCUGGUUUGGGAAAUCGGGGCAGACAAUAAUAUUGAAUCCCAAUUCUAAUCAUUUUAUAACGUGUCUUUUGAUCUUUAUUCUCCAUUAUUCACCUCAGUUGUCCAUAGAUUUCUUAUUAUCUAAUCGUAAUUUUAAUUCUGAUUAUAAUUUUAAUCGGAAUAAUAAUCGUAUAAACCAUGGAGUCGAAAAAUAGGAAUAAUCACCAAUUACGCAGAGAUCUUUGCGACUCGAAUAUGGGGGGAACCAAAACAAGGUCACCGUCGGUUAUCGUCAUCGGAGCCGGAAUGGGUGGGCUUGCGGCGGCGCGUGCUCUUCACGAUGCAUCGUUUCAGGUGGUGGUACUGGAGUCUCGAGAUCGUCUUGGUGGUCGAGUUCAUACUGAUUACUCAUUUGGUUUUCCUGUUGACCUAGGCGCAUCUUGGCUGCAUGGAGUUUGCAACGAGAACCCAUUGGCACCUCUAAUAUCCAGAUUGGGUUUACCCCUGUACCGUACUAGUGGAGAUAACUCUGUGUUGUAUGACCAUGAUCUAGAGAGCUAUGCACUCUUUGAUAUGGAUGGAAAUCAAGUUCCACAAGAUUUGGUCACAAGAGUUGGUGAGGAAUUUGAAGAAAUUUUAAAAGAGGCAUAUAAAGUAAGACAAGAAAUCACCGAAGACUUGUCUAUUCGACAGGCUUUCUCAAUUGUGUUUGAAAGGAGACCGGACUUAAAGUUGGAGGGAUUAGCCCAUAAGGUACUUCAAUGGUAUUUGUGCAGAAUGGAGGGCUGGUUUGCUGCAGAUGCUGAUACAAUUUCACUUAAAUCUUGGGAUCAGGAGGAAUUGCUUCCUGGUGGUCAUGGACUGAUGGUGAGAGGCUAUCUUCCUGUUGUUAACACACUUGCCAAAGGUCUUGAUGUCCGCUUGAGCCACAGGGUAACAAAAAUAGCAAGGCGUUACAAUGGAGUGAAGGUAACCGUAGAAAAUGGGACUACUUUUGUGGCAGAUGCUGCUGUGAUUGCUAUUCCUCUUGGUGUUCUGAAAGCAAAUGUCAUAAAAUUUGAACCAAAGCUGCCAGACUGGAAGGAAGCAGCCAUUGCUGAUCUUGGUGUGGGGAUUGAGAACAAGAUAGUUCUACAUUUUGAAAAGGUGUUCUGGCCAAAUGUUGAGUUCUUGGGAGUGGUUGCAGAGACAUCUUAUGGGUGCAGCUACUUUCUAAAUCUCCACAAGGCCACUAAUCAUAAUGUCCUUGUGUAUAUGCCUGCGGGGCAGCUUGCCAAAGACAUCGAGAAAAUGUCUGAUGAAGCAGCUGCAAAUUUUGCUUUUACACAACUCAAGAAGAUCCUCCCUGAUGCUUCUGACCCGGUAAGCAUUAUACUUCUAUUCAGUUUCUUUGAAAGGCUUCUUUUCGGUUUUUUUCACAAGAAUAUUUUAGUUCUUUUUAACUUAUUUGUUCUUAUAUUAUUUAUGCAGAUUCACUAUCUUGUUUCUCAUUGGGGCACAGACAUUAAUUCACUUGGAUCCUAUAGCUAUGAUGAAGUGGGCAAAGCUCAUGACCUGUAUGAGAGGCUAAGGGUCCCAGUAGAUAACCUAUUCUUUGCUGGGGAAGCUACAAGUAUGGACUAUCCUGGGUCUGUUCAUGGUGCCUACUCAACUGGUUUGAUGGCUGCCGAAGGAUGUAGGAUGCGUGUGCUUGAGCGUUACGGGGAGUUGGAUUUGUUCCAGCCAGUCAUGGGUGAAGAGGGCUUAGUCUCGGUUCCCCUUUUGAUAUCCCGUUUGUAACUUCUAGGCCGAUCCCCUAAAACAUUGGACUUAGCAACAUUAAUGUUGAUUUGUUUGGUCUGGCUGAGGAACUAGUGGAAAUUUAAUCCAAGCAUUUUGUUGUGUGGCUGUAUUAUUGUUGGACAAUCACUAAAUGAUUUGAACUAGUAUUUUAGUUAGUCGUAUUAAA